AAAAAGGCGGGUGAGCAGGCAGCGCUUGUAUUCCAGGUCCCCUAACCUACCAGCCGGAAGUGCAAACUGGCACGGGAGGGCUCUGGAGAAGGCCUGGGCUAGGCUGCGAAGGCGCCUUGUGUUCUCUGGCCUCACAGGGUGGAUUGGGAGGAAGGCGGCGGAAGUGGACUAAACCAAAUGCCAUCCUGGAGGAGGGAGCGGGCCGAGAGGAAGUGCGAAUCCAAGUGGAAAACAAUAGGGACGGAGUGGGGCGUGGCGUCCCCUUUGCAGGUUGAGGUUGGAAAGAGGUUAUUUUAGCAAGUGUCAUACCAUGCUUUUGCCAACUUCCCAAUUAAAGGUUGACAUUCCUGCAUAGGCAUUUGCCUGUUAAAAUGUCCUUGCCUCUUACAGAGGAGCAGAGGAAAAAGAUUGAAGAGAAUCGACAGAAGGCUCUGGCUCGUAGAGCUGAGAAGUUAUCAGUAGAACAACCUCAAAGCACAAACUCAAGCUCCUACAUUGCUGUAAACCCUUCUCAGUCUAAGCAGGGCCCUUCCAAAAAUCUCCUGAGGGAGCCUUCUAAGCUAGUGGGCCAUGGUGUCAUUUUCAAACAACAGAACCUCAGUAAUUCAUCUCAUGGUGACCAAGGACCUCAUAAUUUCCACCAUUUUCAGCUCAGCACACCAGAGCGGGCAAAGAGAAUAUGGAAUAGCCAAGAAGAGAUGUCCAUUGCCUGCCCAAGCCACAGCCCACCACAGCAAAUGACUGUUAGAGGGCUCUCUCCACCCUUGGCACAAGGUCCUCCAAAUGUCCCUAACCAACAGCUCUUGGGUCAUAAGUUAGGUCAUGGUCAUCCUCAGGCUUCACAUACGAUCAAAUCAACACCUGUUGCUAACACAAAUCAUGAGCCUUUGGCUAAAGCGAAGAGUUCCCAGGAGAUACCAGCUUCUUCUUCUGGACAGCUUCCCAAGGAUCCUGAAUUAGAGGCCAAGACAGCCAAACCUUCUACCUCAGGGAUGAGCAUUUAUGACACUCAUGACUCGGGGGGUGUGAUGCCCAGGACAGAAGGAAGACUCCAACAGAAAUUGGGGGCCUCAUUCCAAAAAGCAGUAGGCUGUCAAAAGGGAACGUGCAUAAGGAAUGGAGAUCGUUUCAGGGUGAAGAUUGGUUACAGUGAGGAGCUCCUUGCAGUGUUUAAGAGUCUGCCCAGCAGAAGUUAUGAUCCUGCCACAAAGACAUGGGACUUCAGCAUGACUGACUACAAUGCUCUGAUGAAAGCAGCCGAGCACCUGUGCACCGUCAGCCUGCAACCAUUGGAAGGGGCCGAUGGCAGCAGUGGGGGACAGACCAGGCUGCCUUCAGCUCCGUCCCUGGCCUUUGUCAAAGGGAGAUGCAUGCUCAUUUCCCGGGCCCGCUUUGAGGUGGACAUCGGCUAUUCAGAGUUGUUGGUUGUGCUGUUUAAACAGAUGGAUUCCAGGAUGUAUGAUGUGAAGACCAGGAAGUGGAACUUUCUCUUGGAAGAAUACAAUAAGCUAAUCGCAAGGGUUCGUGGCCUCCCGCAAGUUCAGCUGGAUCCUCUGCCCAAGACAAUCACCCUGGCAUUUGCUUCUCAGCUGGAGAAGACGUCUCUCCAUCUCACAGCAGAUGUCCCUGAGGCUGACCUUUCUGGAGUGGAUUUCAAGCUUGUGUCUAAUCUGAUGCCCUUUCAGAGAGCUGGAGUUAAUUUUGCCAUAGCAAAAAGAGGCCGCCUGCUCCUUGCGGAUGACAUGGGCCUGGGGAAGACCAUCCAAGCCAUCUGUAUAGCAGCCUUUUACCGGAAGGAGUGGCCACUCCUGGUAGUGGUGCCAUCCUCUGUGCGCUUCACCUGGGAGCAGGCCUUUCUUCGGUGGCUGCCGUCACUAAGCCCAGAGGACAUCAAUGUGGUGGUGACUGGGAAGGGCCGCCUGACAGCUGGUUUAAUCAACAUUGUCAGUUUUGACCUUCUUAGCAAGUUAGAAAAACAACUAAAAGCCUCUUUCAAAGUUGUCAUCAUUGAUGAAUCUCACUUCCUCAAAAACAGCAAGACUGCCCGCUGUCGAGCAGCUGUGCCCAUCCUAAAGGUUGCCAAGAGGGUGAUCUUACUGUCAGGCACACCAGCCUUGUCCCGGCCUGCAGAGCUCUACACACAGAUCAUCGCUGUCAAGCCAACAUUCUUCCCUCAGUUUCAUGCCUUUGGACUUCGCUACUGUGAUGCCAAACGGCUGUCUUGGGGCUGGGACUACUCAGGCUCAUCAAACCUGGGAGAGCUGAAGCUCCUGCUGGAGGAAGCCGUCAUGCUGCGACGCCUCAAAUCAGAUGUCCUUUCUCAGCUGCCAGCUAAGCAACGCAAGAUGGUGGUGGUCGCCCCAGGACGCAUCAGUGCCAGGGCCAGGGCUGCCCUGGAUGCUGCAGCCAAGGAAAUGACCAAGGACAAAACUAAACAGCAGCAGAAAGAAGCCCUCAUUGUCUUCUUCAACAGAACAGCUGAGGCUAAAAUCCCAUGUGUCAU